AUGGACGAUGAGCUUCGGAGGAAAACCGCGGUUCAGACCGUGGCCGCGGUCUUCCUGCCCAUUGCUGCGAUCUCGGUCAUCUUACGCUGUUACGUGCGAGGAUGGAUCGUGAAGGCUUUUGGAUGGGAUGAUGCCGCAAUGAUUCUUGCAAUGAUCUUCUACGCCAUGUUCUGUGGAACGAUGAUCGGAGGCACACUGUACGGAACCGGCUACAGAUACGAUUCUCUUGAGCCUAGGAAUGCAGUCACAGCCAUGGAGUACUGGUGGCUGUGCGAAAUCGCCUAUUGUUUCGCCUCGAUCUUCUGCAAGAUCUCCGUCUGUCUAUUCUUAAUGCGCAUCACCAUCAAGCGCAUUCAUAUCUGGACCCUGUACACCGUCAUGAUCUUGACCGUCAUUGCUGGAGUGGUCUUCAUGUUCCUGAUGCUGCUGCAGUGCAAGCCGCUAUCAUACUUCUGGACCCGGGCUUUCCAGGACCCCUCGGUCCCUGGAUAUUGCAUCAAUAUCGACAUCAUCAUCGCCAUGACAUACGUCUACAGUGGCUUUUCGGCAUUCUGUGAUUUCACCGUUGGAAUCCUGCCCAUUUUCCUCGUGCACAAGUUGCACAUGAAGAAGCAGACCAAGGUCGCCGUUAUGGGUAUUUUGAGUAUGGCUUGCAUUGCCUCCUCUGCCGUCAUUGUUCGCAUUCCUUUUGUGCAAACCUUCGCCGAACACGACUUCCUCUACGCAACAAUCGAAAUUGCAAUCUGGUCCAACAUCGAAACAGGCCUAGGCAUCACAGCCGGAAGUCUCGCCACUCUCCGGCCCCUACUUAGAGUCUGGAUGGGCUCCCGCUCAGACCCAAACUACUCAAGCGGCUUCCCAGGCGCGCGCUCACGAUCCGCAUCACGGCAGCUAGGCGGACAAGACCGUCCCUUUCCUCUCGGCUCGCUAGACGACAGUGUCCAGUCGCGACUUCGACCGGAUAAGCUUGCUGUCACUGUGACGACGAUUAAGAGCCAGCGCGAUCUUGACGGCGGCUCGUUGAGUCCUAGUAGCUCUGAGGAGAGAUUGACUAUUGAUCGGCCCUCGCCGAGGUUGGGUGGCGAUAUUGGGUUGGGGAUUCAUCGCACUUUUGAGGUUACGCAGACUAGUACUGAUAGCGAGGAGGUUGAGAGAAGGGCUAGGGCGUAUGUAUAA